AUGUAUUUGCUCAAGCAUCCAGACCACUACAAGAGCCACAAAUUCUGCACAUGUUUCUGGAGAGGAUAUGUGUAUGAGGUGAUGCGUGCAUGGGAGGACUCUGCCAAGAUUGCCGAGGAAGGAACCACCAAAGUCAUGCUCGGACUUUCAGGAACAUCCAAGCGGAUCAUAGCACUGUCACCUGUACAGGACUAUAUAUGGCGACCCACCGAGUAUGAGCACAUGUCACUAUAUGAUUGGGUCAGACUGGCAGACAAGCAGCGGAUCACAUACCGUAAAAAGGGCGCCAAGAAAUCUGAAGAGCAUAUUGAUGAGCAUGCAGAUGUGGACUCGGAGUUUGAGGACAACUAUGAUGUCAGUGAUGCAGAAUUGAAGGGUGCUGGAGCCAAUGAAGAGGAAGAAGAAUCGGAGGAUGAACUCUUGCUCACAAAGACAUGA